AUGUGUUUCACUUCUCCCCGUCGGGCGCAGGGGGCGUCUCUGCGGCUCCUCCACAGUCGCUCACAGACGCUGCUAACGCUGCAGCAACAAACAAGUCUCACGGACACCACUGAAAACGCCAUCACGGAUUUCCUGUGGGACAAACACACGGGCCUCGCCGCUAAAACGAUGCCUCACAAUAGACGGUACACGUCUUCAGACCGGGACAGUAGGACGAGUUAUCAGGAUCGAUACAGGGACCGAGACAGAGACCGAGACCGAGACCGAGACAGAGGGAGGCGAUAUCGCAGAAGAUCGCCCACCUACUCCUCCAGCAGCGAACGGGACAGAAGACAGCGGGGACACAGACAGGAAGGCAGCUAUGUGCGCUCAAGGAGUCGCAGCUUUGGCAAUAGGACCGCAGACCACCGGCCGUUUGACAGGAGAUUCUGCGAGUACCGGCGUUUGGACCACAGUCGAGAGAGAGACCGCGACAGACAAAGAGACCCACAAUCAACCGUCGACAGUUACUACCCUCCAGACCUGGGCCCCAGCGUGUUCGACUACAGACGAGGCCGAGAGCGCGAACGAGAAGGCUCCUACCGCAGAGAAGAGUCGUACAGGCGCGAGGACUCCUACAGGCGGAAAGGCAGCAGGCGUAAGCACAAACGAAGGCGGCGUAGAACCAGGUCCUAUAGCCCAUCGUCAUCGCGGAGCGCCAGCCGGACCAGGGCACUGAGUGUGAGAGACGACGAAGAGGGGCACCUGAUCUGUCGGAGUGGCGACGUCCUACAAGAGAGAUAUGAAAUUGUCAGCACUUUGGGAGAAGGCACCUUCGGGAGGGUGAUGCGCUGUAUAGACCAUCGCAGAGGCGGCGUUCAUGUUGCGCUCAAAAUCAUAAAGAAUGUAGAAAAGUACAAAGAAGCCGCUCGUCUUGAGAUUAAUGUUCUGGAGAAGAUCAAUGAAAAGGACCCUGAAAACAAAUACCUGUGUGUUCAGAUGUACGACUGGUUCGAUUAUCACGGACACAUGUGCCUCUCGUUUGAGCUGCUAGCUCUCAGCACCUUCGACUUCCUCAAAGAAAACAAUUAUCUGCCAUAUUCAAUCAGUCAGGUCCGACACAUGGCCUACCAGCUCUGCCUCUCCGUCAAAUUUCUUCACGACAAUAAGCUGACGCACACAGACCUGAAGCCGGAGAAUAUUCUCUUUGUCAACUCUGACUUCACCAUGUCCUACAACGUAGAGAAGCAGAAACGAGAGGAGCGGGCGGUGAAGAACACGUCGGUGCGAGUCGUGGACUUUGGGAGCGCCACGUUUGACCACGAACAUCACAGCACCAUCGUGUCCACGCGGCACUACAGGGCGCCCGAGGUCAUCCUGGAGCUGGGCUGGAGUUAUCCGUGUGACGUCUGGAGCAUUGGCUGCAUCCUGUUUGAGUAUUACCUCGGGUUCACUCUGUUCCAGACUCACGACAACAGGGAGCACUUGGCCAUGAUGGAGAGGAUCCUGGGCCCGGUCCCGUCGCGGAUGAUCCGGAAAACCAGAAAACAGAAGUACUUUUACCGCGGGCGCCUGGACUGGGACGACGGAUCAUCUGCCGGGAAAUAUGUCAGAGAGAACUGCAAACCUCUGAGGCGCUACCUCCUGUCCGAGGCAGAGGACCAUCACCAGCUCUUCGACCUGAUCGAGAGCAUGCUGGAGUACGAGCCGUCCAAGAGGCUCUCGCUCACAGACUCUCUCAAACACCCGUUCUUCGAAAACGUCGGCGUCGCUGAAGCCGGCAGCAGCAAGACCUGGGAGGGCAACCGCGACAUCAGCCGGUGA